GGGAGAGACAGAAAGGCGGUGACGCUGUGUUGCGCUGGACAAAUAUAGAUUGUGGAUUCUGGCGACCUGCACCAGUUUGACUAGAUGCUGUGGUAAUUGAGUUACAUUGAAUUUCUGAAGAUUACCCCCCGAAGUUGGGAGAAAAUGGACUACAAGUUUUGUGGAUCAUGAAAAUGCGCAAUAACAAAAAUUUGAUGUCUGUGCGCAGUGGUUGGCGGAAGGAAGUUCCCAGGCUGGCGGAGCAGCAGAAGGGGGUGCGAGUCCACACAUCGCCACUGGGGGGUGGUCACAACAGUGGCAGCAGUUCCUCCAGCUCAGACAGCAGAGCCCUGAGAGAGGCUGCAGAGGCUGUGUCUGGUGGGUGUAUCAGCAGGCGUCAGAGAGGCUGUGAUUCGUCAGAGAGUGAAGGGGAGGGGCCUGGAAUUCUGCCAAAAAGACAGAGACUACAGGAUGGCUCCUCCCCUCACCCAGUCUCACUGGACGUCGGCCAUGAUAACCGACACGGCAACACUGAUAACAGAGCAAGACGUGGCAGGGGGCGUGGCCUGGUCAGAACGAGACAUAGCCGCGAUAAUGUCACGUUGGGGACGAGUUACAACGACGAUGAUGAUGAUAACCAAUCGAAUGCCAGUCUGAACAUCCUGGCCAUUAGCAGCUGCAGCAGUGGGUGGGACAUUGACCAGGACAAUCGAAGCUCCUCCCCCAGCCUCUCUGCCUCCUCCAUGGGGAGCCUGGACUCCGACUCAGACUUGAACUUCCAGGCAGCCCCCCCAGCUCUCCACUACCCCAAAGAGGCCAGCAGACAGCCAACAAAUUCCACCCAGAGCACCAACCAAACAGUGACCCCCGUAUCAGAGGCUGCUAAUGGAUCCCGCAAACAAAAACAGACUCUAACCAAGGGCAAUAUUAAUAACAAUACUACCAAUAAUAACUUCUCUCCCCCUCCUGCUUUCCUCCAGGCCUCUCAGCCCAUACUCCCCUCUCCCCCCACACUCAAACCACUCCCCUUCUGCUCUGCCCCACUCCCUCCCUCCCAGCAUCCCUCAGCAGACAAACAGGAAAGGAUGAGCACCCCCCCUGCCCCCCACACAAGUCUGCAAAUCCCUCUUCAUCGCCCUGCCUUGCUGAAGUACCCAUCCCUGUCUCCCCAGGGAGAGUGGUGUGCUGGCAGUAACCCCAGCCUGGGACCCUGGGGAUCCUCUCCUUCUCCUGCUGUAUCCCAGAGUGGAUUCCCCAGGUACCCGAUACCCCACCUUAAUUACCAGCAGGCUCCUAAACAGCCCCCCACUUUCCCUCCCCCUCCUCAUGCCCCUGGCAGGGACUAUAGGUCUGGGCACUUAGCACCCAUGGCAACAGUGGUCCACAGCACUGGCAGGACCUUCUCUAGCUCCAGAGCUGGGGUGCAGGGCAGGGAGUUUUCCAGCUCUGCCUCCCAGGCACUUCAUCCCAGAGAUUUUGCUGCUUCAGGUUCUUCUUCUAGUGUGCAAAGUUGUGGGUUUAAUCCUGUGUCUCAAAAUAGGGAGUUUACCUCUCCAAGCGCCCAGAUGCGGCAGCAAAGCAGAGAUUACAAAAACGCACAGCCCAGCAAGGAUUUUACCAGUUCAGGGUCCCAGUCGCAGGAGCAUGAAUACAGCAAUCUUGCUGCCCUCGGACCAAACAGGGAGUUCCCUUCUCCCAGCGCCCUGAAGCAAAAGCAACAAAGCAGAGAAUACGCAAAUGCACAGCCCAGCAGGGAGUUUGGAAAUCCAAACAUUCAAUCCCAAGGUCGUGAGUACCCAAGCCUGACCACCCCCACCGUCCCACCCAGAGAUGCUUAUUCACAGCAACAACAGAACAGGGAAUACACAAACCAAAAUGCAAACACACUCGCCAGGGACUUUUCCAGUUCAAAUCCCCAGUGUCAAAGCCAUGAGUUCACUAAUCUGACUUCCCCAGUUGCACACAGAGACUUCCCUUUUCCUAGCGCUUUGACGCAGCAGCAGAAUAAAGAUUACACGAAUCCCAGCGCAGCUGCACAAGCCAAAGAGUUAGCCAGUUCCCAGCGGAGUGAGUACCCCGGUUUGGAAGGCCAGGUCUCAAGCAGGGAUUUUACCCAUGCGGGCUCUGCAACACAGCCAGGCAGGGAAUUCAUAGGGUUUAGCUCUCAGAACAGGGAUCUCACUAACCCACAGCUGCCAAAAGACUACCCCAAGAAUAUGGAAGUUUCAAAUCCCACUUCCCAAAUUCAACCAAGGGAUUUUCCCAGCCUAAACCAACAGAGUCAGGAAUUCCCCAGUCAGACCUCUCAAACUGCUAGAGAGUUUCCAAAUCCCAGUUCACAGGCCGUGUCUCAGUCGUUCAGUAAUGCCAGCACUCAGCUGCAAGGCCACGUCAGUACUUUGGCGCCAAGUCGUGAUUUCCCCAGCCCUGUUGGCCCCUCACAGCUGGACUUUGUGAGCCAGAAAACUCGAGCGAUCCCCAACUUGAACCCCAGUCCAGGUCUCCUGUCCCUCCAGGCACCCAACAGAGACUUUGCUAACCUGGAUGACCACACUGUAGAGUUCCCCAGUGCUCAGGCUGCCCAGAGUUUCCACCCACCCUCUACGAGCAGCGAAUUCCCCAGCCUGCCUCCCACCCAGAACAAAGACAAUCCCAGCGUGCUCAAUCAGGAUUUCACAGGACUGUUGAAAGAUUAUUCCGAUUUCACUUCAAGUCAGAACCAAGAAUUCCCAAAUCCCAAACAGUCCCACAACCAGGAGUAUCUUGUUCCUAGUUCACAGCCUGCUCCAGUACUGCAGCCCCUCUCCCCCAGUUACACUCACCCAGCCUCCCAGCGCUGCUCAGCCUUACUUCCCUCUCUGACCUCCAACCUCUCCCCCUCUCCUUCCUCAUCCUCCACUUCUAGCUCCCUCACUCCCAUUGGCCAGUAUCGACCCAGCCCCGCUCAGCUCUCAUCCAAUCAGAACACACCGGUAGUCGUGAUUGGUGAUGAUGAAAGAGAUGUGAUGGUAGGAGGAGUUUUUAUACCAACUGGCCAUGCCUCCCAAAACACACACCCUACUGCUGCUACUACUUCCUGUCCCGAAGACCUUCCCCCUCCUCCUUCAGUUUCUGUCAAUCACCGACAAGCUUUCCCUCAAGUUCCUCCCUGCCUCUAUCCAGCAUCAUCCACUUCUGCAUCAGUUCCUGGUUCCCUGCUCCCUUCUUCUGCUCCCCUGACACUUCCUCUCUCUGGUAAUGCUUCCCCCCCGAACAGCAGCGGUUACAAGCCUGAGUACAGGACUGCCCUCUUUCCACCAAGCCCCUCUCCUCCCACUCUGAACUACUCCCCUCCUGCUCUAAACCCCUCCUCCAGCUCUGUCAGCCAAACCCCCUUCCACUGUCUAACACCCUCUAGUAUAAUUAAUAACAAUAACACUUCCAGUGCUAUUAAUAAUAGCAAUAUUAAUUUGGCUCUGCCACCUUUAAACCCCUGCUCUAGAUUCCUCUCCCCCACCCCCUCUACAAACUCCACCCCUGCCAGUUUGAAUCCCACCACCUUUCAUUCUAAUAGUAAUAAUGCCAUCUCUAAGUCACUCCCACCUCAUAGUAACUCCACAAAUGACCCAAACUCUGUCUCAGAUCACCCCUCUCCGGCUGCAAGUCCCGCCUCCUCAGCUGCCCUCAGGCCCUCCAGCCCAACCCACCCUGUUUCUAGUCACGCCCUUUUGUCUGUCACAUCUUCUGACUUGCUGCCUGGACUCCAGGCCACGCACAUCAUCAAGCAGGAGCCAAAUGAUAAAGGAGUGGAGGAGCUAGAGAGCCCGCCUCCAGUACUGAGGAGCACCUCCCCCGAGGCCAAGGUGGUCGACAUUCCGAUCCAUGCCAGCCAAUCAGCACGGUUUCACAAGGUGCUGGACCGCGGAUACAACUCGUGCUCCCGCAGCGAUCUCUAUUUUGUGCCUCUCGACGACUCCAAACUGUGGAAGAAACGGAGUGACGUGGCGGAGAGGACAAGGAGAGAGGUGGAGCAGAGAGUGAGGAAUGAGAAAGAGAGGAAGCAUGAGAGAGAGCAGGGGAGGGAACGCGAGAGGGAGAGGGACAUCGACAGAUCCAUUCAGAAGGACAGUCGGACGGCACCAGGCCUGCUACCCUUCUCGACCCCUCAUCCCACCCCUGCAGCCCAGCCUAGUUCAACCCUUCCUAUCCUAGUAGAGCACACCCAGUCCAACAUGUCAUGCAGCCCCAGAUCAGGCUCUGCCCUGUUGCUGUCCCCCCCACCCCACCCCCUCUCCCGGGGGGCGAUGGAGCAGCUCUGCCCCAUGUCUCAAGGUUCUGUGGCAGCAGUGCCCCCCUACCUGGGCCCGGACAUGCCCGCCUUGCGCACGCUGAGUGAGUAUGCCAGGCCUCACGUCAUGUCUCCCCACCAGCGGCCCCCCAGCCACCUCCACCACCCCUACUUCGUGCAGUUCCCCAACGCACACCAAGACAUGGCGGCUGCUAUCCUGGGCUUCAUCUACGGGGGUCUGGAGGGGCAGGUGCACCCCCUGGCACGGGACCGAGUAAAGCCCGGGUUCGAAUUCAAGACGGAGAACAUCAGUGAGCUGGCGCAUCUGAGCGCCCACACCCAUGCCCAUGCCCACACCAACUCCCACGCCCACCACCCCUCUAACUCGGGGCUGCUGCUCUCCGGGGAUACCCUGUGCCGUCGCAGCCUGCCCCUACACCAUGCCUUCCUGCAUCCUUCCUUCUCUCCGCUGCACCCCCUGCCCUGCUCACACACACAGGCAGGGGCCCGAGAUCCCAGAGAGCAGCCCCCUGUGCACCCUCGGAUAGGAGGGGAGUCUGAGAGGGGAGCAGCCCCCGGGGGGAGGGCAGGGUCGAGUGGAGGGCUUCAGAUGGUCAAUGUGACUCCACACCAUCACCAGCACUCCCAUAUCCACUCACACCUCCACCUGCACCAGCAGGAUGCAGCACUACAUGCAGCCUCUGCUGGGGUGCACCCCCUGAUUGACCCACUAAACUCAGGGCCACACCUCUCUCGACUACCCUACCCAGCGGGGGAGCUCUCCAACCCCCUCCUCACUCACCCCCUCCACGAGUGUGAGAUGCUGAGGCAGCAGCUAUUCGGCAUUCAGUUCCGGGAGCUGCCCCCCCCCUCAAUGCCCCCCCAGAUGUCAGCGGCUCACCAGCUGCAGGCAAUGCAGGCACAGUCAGCUGAGCUGCAGAGACUGGCUCUGGAGCAGCAGUGGAUACAACACCACUCCCUCCCUCCCACUCAGGAGGACUACUACAGCCACAUGAAGAAGGAAAAUGAUAAAGCACUUUGAGCAGGUGAAGUGGCCAGAGAGAAGUCAUCUCACCAUCAAUGAAGAAGGAAAGAAGGAAAGAGUGAGAGUGCAAAAUGAAGGGAAGGAAAAAGACAGCUGGCAAGAUGGAAAAUGUAUUAAAUUCCUGGAGAAAAAUCCAGAAGGUUUGAAAGUAAUUUAUUUAAUUAACGUUUUUUGAGAAGACGAUAUAUUUGUAAACACGUCCUUUUAAUUGUGAUAUCAUUAAUAUUCUGGAUUCAUACAUUUUACAUUUUAAGAUGAUCUCCUAUAAGAGAAAGUAAAGGGUGCUCCCUACAGUCCAGGGCAAGCUUGAGGCAUGGAGACUGAACUGCUCCCUCCCUCCCUCACUCCCCUAAGAGAAAGGGUGCUCCAGUCCA